GCAGCUUCGGCUGCACCUGCUGAGCCGACGCGUGUGGUGACGACUCGGCGCCGAUGGGCUGAGAGCCAUGCUGCUGCUGCCAAUGGUGCUGGCGAGUCUCGUGCCUCCAAAGCUCGCUGGAAGAAGCGCCGUGACAAGGUGGAGUCUCCGGGCAGUUGGCACCUGGACGAGCGGGUUUGGAAGGCUUCCUCGGCCAUCGGCUACGCGUACUCGGCCGCCAGCUUUAGCAAGGAUUUGGAUGUCUCCUCUGGUGUGGCAUGGCUUGUCUAUGUGCAGACCAUGGAGGAGGCAGAGGAGGUUUUCGACCUGUACCAGGCAGACAAGGACGAGGACCAUGCGACUGAUCUUUCACUCUUGUUUCCUGUUACUUCUGAUGCUUCCGAGCUUCCUGAGUGGGCUGCGGGGGCUGUCUCUGUAGCCGUGCCUGGGCAUGAACAAGGCAGGCUUUGCACUAGGCGCUGCUGGCUGGUGGUGGGUGGCACUGCGCCCCCCACUUUGGUGACGAGGGCUACGGAGGCUGUGGUCGUCAAGAAGCCUCCUGUCUCCUUGCCUGUCCUUCGUGCUUCGACCUUUGUGGUUCGCGUCACUUACGACAAAGCUUUUGGCGAGGACCAUUGGGAGGACAUCGCUCGCAAGCCGAGCCAUUUCGCCCGGCUUUGGGCUGGUGCUUCGGGGGUUGCUCAGGCUGGCAUCAUCGAUGCCUUCGGCUUCCAGCGCUCCGGCACGCGUGUCACCGGCAUGCUUCGUCUUCGCGCCUCUGAUGCUGCAAGCCGCCUUUGGAAGUGCUCAGGGCAGCUUGCUAAUGGGACGCGGUGGUUCGUUGACUUGGUUGGAGAGUCUAAGGACCUUGCUUUUGCUCAAGACGUCGGGGUACAAUGGCUUCCAUGGACCUCCGGCGAGACCUACGAUGCCUAUGUUGCACGAGCUGCUACCAAGGCUGGGCUCGGACUUGUGCUGGGGCGCGGCAUAGGCGUCCGAAUGCGGCGCACAGACCCCUCAUUCCAGAGGCCAUCCGUUUUGUGGCGCAUGCGCAACAUACCUGGUCAUUUCAUGAUGAAUGACGUUAAGGAGCUGGCCGAGGCAAUGGGGUUUGAGAGUGUUGUCGUGUCCACGCGCCACCGCACGCGCCGUGGACACGAUUGGUGCUUCCGUGCCGUUCGAGGUGAUGCCCUUCAGGUCAUUUCGCAAGCUGUGCAAUGGGAUCCUGAUGACCCGAGCACUUCCGAGGUUGUCGUUCUGAAGGAGAGUGCUCGCCGGGGUUCGCGCACGCCUGCUGGUGAGGCGAUCGCUGAGCCUAGGACCGUGACUUUCAGUGAUGCCUUUGCUGCGGCGCGUGGGCCUGGGACUUCUCAGCGUGCCUCUCGCAAGGCUCGGGCUGUGAACGGCGGCCGGGCCCCUAGUGUUCCUGACAUUGCUCAUGGCAAGCCCAACGAUGUCGGUGCUGACGAUGAUCCAAUGCCUUGUCGCAAGCGUGUUGCACCGGGGGAGGCCCCGGGUGAGACCAUGGCCAUCGACUCCGAGGGCAGUGCACCUGGCCAGCAGUGGGGCCCCCCUGGCGAGCUACUGACUAACCAGGGUCAGGGGAACUGCUUAGUGCUGGCACUUUCCCAGUUGGAUCUGGGUGGGCGAGAGCGCACGCAUCGGCAGCUGCGUCGCUUCAUUGCCACAGCCCUCAAAGAGUACCGUAACGAUCUUGAGCCCCUCUGGAGGACAGCUGGCUGCUUUAACACCAUUGGGCGGCUUCCUGGCGACGGCCACUCCUUCACAUUCGACCAGUUUGUCGAGGAGUUCUCGGCCAACGCCUCCUGGGGAGGAUCCAUCGAGCUGCUGGCUCUUGCGUGGGCUCUCGACUGCAGAGUUUGGGUCUGCACUUCUCAGCAACAGCUUCUCUUGCUCAACGAGGACGCGGCUGAAGGGCACAUUGCUCUCCACUUUGACGUCAAGGAGGAGCACUGGUGCGCUUACAAAGGCGUUCCUGAGCAGGCCCUUCGUGAUCGCCAUGACGCCACGGGCCACAGGAUCUUGGACGAGGUGGGACUGGAGGCCGUCGGCGCCUUCGACUCUCAGAAUGUGGAUCAGAUGCCGAAUCACAUGAGCUUCCUCCCCGACGCUGCCACUUUAGUUCGUGCGUUGCAGGAUGCUGGCACUGAUCUUCCACUGCAGCCUUCCUCCUGGGUUGGUGUCCUCACGCACGUGAGGGGUGAGGCUCUCGACGAAAUGUUGCGGAUGGCCCAGGCCCUCACUUCCUUGGCUCCUUGCGCUUUGGAGGUGCAGGUUGUGCAGCACGGCAAUGAUGGCAUCGACGACGUUACUUGGACGUGUGAGGUCCCAGGUUGUGUUUUCUCCCACACGGGCCUUCCUCAGGAGGUUGCGAGUGCAAGGUGGAAGCACAACGCUGCUAACCACGACGGUGAAGGCCAGGUUGGACGUCCUCCGGCGAGAGCUUUGGUGCUCACGGCUUCCGAAGAAGGCGAGUCUUUUGGCUGGCGGUGCCCAUGCUGCGCAAUGGGCUUUCCUGUGACACAGUGGCUUGCCGCUUCUGCGAACACCAGGGUGAGAGAGGUUAAGAGGCACAGGUCGCACUCACACCCCACCGUCACGGACAAGGCCUGGUACUCCGCUCUUCACAGACGCCACAACACGAAGCCACUUCGCAGGCAGCGGCGUCGCGUGCUUAACCUCAACAGCGCCAUCCCUCGGAUGGUUACGCCUGGCUACGUGACCUUCUUGUGGCCACGGUCCUACGGACAGCGCCUGAAAGUGGUGCAUGCCUGGCGGUGCAGUGCUUGCUUGCGUUGCAUGUGCACCCGGAGGGAUGUUGCUUUGCAUCGGUGCACACCCUGGAACGACAAGAAGGAUCUGAAGAUCCGGCAGCGACGCCACAGAGCUCUGGAUCUGUGUGAGGCUCGCCGCACCGACAGCGGUUUCUCCGAGGAUGACUUCUCGCACAUCAUUCGGAAUGCGCGCUGCGCCGUGGACGGCAAGGGCGGUGGCACCCAUGCCGGUAGCAUCUGCGACUUUAUGCGGACACACCACUUCGAUGUUCUGUGUCUGCAGGAGGCGGAUCUCAACAGUUCCAGCACUCUCAGCUUUCUGGCGUUUUGGAAGAGACAGGGUUACUACGCCGCCGUCUCUACUCCUCUUCAGGGCUUGGCUCGGUCGGCCAUUGUGUCGGCCUUUCCUCUGCGUGACGUUGCUUUGCCUGCUGAGUCCGCUCGGUGUUGUGCUGGCUUUGUCGAGGUCAAGACGGACACGGCCGUUCACAAGCUUUUGUUGGCCUCCUUUUACGGCACUCCUGGUGACGCUGGUGGCACGGCGCAGUCUCUCCAAGGCCUGCUCGGCUUAGCCUACACCAGUGGGCUCGACUUCUUGUUCCUCGGUGACUACCAGUUUGAGUCCUCUGACCCCGUUGUCGCUGAGCCGGUGGCCUCGGGUGCUUGUCACUGCAUGGACGAUGUACGCCGGUGUGAGCCGCCCCCCACGGGACCUGGCCGCACGCGCGUCAUUGACUUCGGUCUUUGCAGCGCCGGCAUACACGUUCAGGAGGGUCAUACUGUGGAUGGUCUUGCUGACCACUGUGCCGUCUUCUAUGACCUUCCGUUGCGUGAGGGCUCCUUCUGGACACCCCGUGCCAGGCCCACUUUGGCUUUGAGCUCUGCUGCUGCUGUCGCUGAGCACUUUGACGUUGACUGUUUUGUCACUGCCUUUGCGGCGGCGUCUGACGUUGAGGCAAGGUGGAAGGUCUUGUGCUCCUACGCUGACAGCGCCCUGUUUGGCACGCCGUGCUCCAGCUCCACGCGUCACUUGCCUUGGAACCCGACCCCCGCGGCUCGUGUGUGCCACAAGGCUGCCAGGUUUUCGGAGCCUCUUCACCUGAGGAGAGCUCGGCGCCUCCUUCGCAGGCUUCGCCAAGUCACCCACUCCGGGGUUACGCCUCAGUUGCUGCGGCAUGUGCAGCGUGACGUGCGGGAACUCGUGGUUCACUUCCCGGUUCUCUCUUGCUUUGUGGGCAACGCCCUGGACUCUCGUCGUGCCUCGGUUGCCUUAGAGGAUGCCAUCUGGCAUUCUGAGACUGAGCUCAGGGAGCGUCGUACUUCGCGGUGGCAGCAGCGGCUUAGUGCUUCCUUUUCUCAACAGUGCACCUGGGUUCGUGAACGGUCCACUUUGUCCCUGCUUCGUGAGCAGUCGCAGGAGCCUCUUCUGACUGCCCAAGCUCGCGCUUUGCACCCGUCGGUUGUUCUGGAAGAGGAGACUCGCCGGUGGUCUAGUCUGUGGUCCUGUGACCCUCUGCUCUCUGACCGUGCUUGCCGUGUCGACUCCGUGCUUGACUCCGUGCAGGUUGCUGGCAUGUCGCCUGGCUUCGCCCCCGACUUGUCUCCUGCGGCGCUGCAGAGGUCCAUGCGCAAGAUGAGUCACAAGGCCCCUGGUCCUAGUGGUCUGCAAGCUUCCGCGCUGCUCCUCUUGCCUUGGGCUUGGUGGGAGGCCCUCUCCACCUUUUGGCAGUCUGUUCUGGUUGAAGGCCGCACCCCUGGUGCUUGGCGUGACAGUCUGGUGGCUUUGGUCCCCAAACCGGUGGGCGGCUUUCGGCCAAUAGGCCUGACGGACGUUGUCUGGAGGUGCGGGUGCCGUCUCUUGGUCAGGGCUCUGAAGCCUUGGGUCCUGUCGUGGAUGACUGAAGGCGACGUGGGUGGCCUCCCAGGUCGUUCUGCUGCCGAUGCCCAUCGGGUCGUGACCAGCGCCCUGUGCAGUGGCACGCGUGUUGCGGUCCAGACGGACCUGUCCAAGUACUUUGACACGGUGAGCUUUGACUUGGCUAGGCUGGUCUUGCUGCGUGCUGGCAUGCCGCGGAGCGUGCUUAACCUGCUGACUUCCUUCUACGUUGGGCAGCGACGCCUCUUGGUCUACCGUGGCCGUUGCUCGCAGCACUGGAUCUCCGCCCCUCGCGGUCUGGUUCAGGGCUGCCCUGCGUCCCCUGUCAUCGCUGCGUGUAUCAUGAGUUUCUGGCAGCGGUUUGUUGCCACGCCUUGUGUCCGCACUUUGGCUUACCAAGACGACCGGACGAUGCUCCUUGCACCUUCGUCUGGGACACUCUGCACUGACCCCUUGCUGCAGGCCUCGGUCAAGAGUCGUGUCUUCGACGACGCUUUCGGGUUCAAGUGUGACGCGUCCAAGAGCAUGGUUGUCGGCCACAGUGACUGUGACAGUCUUGCUUCUGAGCUGGGCUUCCCACGUUCUGAGACUCUGGCCCUCCUUGGGGUGGACCACCCGCUUGACGCGAACCAGCCCAAGACGUUGUCGCGCUUGUGUGUUGCCAAGCUCAAGGCUCGCAUGCGCUUCAUCCCUGCCUUUGCUGCCCACACCACUCGUGUGUGCUUGCUUUUGCGUGCCUUGUGCUUCUCUCAGUUCCUCUGGGCGGCUGGCUUUGCGACGCUGCUUCCGGAGCAGGCCAUGGACCUGCAGGCCUGCGUCAGGCGCACUCUGGGGAAAAACCUCACCCACGAGAGCCCUGCUGUUCUUUACCACGAGGUGUGCGGAUGGCUGACUCAUGUGCAGUUUUGCAUUGACUGGGCCACCCUGACUGCCGGUUUGCGCAUGCACUUGUCCAGAGGCGCGUGGUUGGACCUGCUUCCUCUGUCCGAGGCUUUGACUCCCUGGUACAGAGUCCUCCCUACUGUCCUGCCUCUCCUGCGCAGGCUUGGGUGGUCUGUCUCGGCCCGUGGCGACUUUCUCUUUUGGACAGACAGUCACGGUCGGUCGCGCGCUUUCCGGCUUGGUUUUGACGGCCCGGAGGUCCUCAAGGAGUGGCUUCUCCUGCCUUUGCGUCGUGCCACCCUGGCGCGGUGUGGCCGCACUUCGCGCUCGCGUCACAGGCUGGCUUCGGGCUUGGCGACUGGUUUGGUUUUGCCUGGCCCUCCGCCUGGUUCCUUCCUUCGCGCUGAAGGCCACUGCGCUGUGUGGGCCACUGCUGACACCUCUGCUCUCCGUCGCGCUUGUCUUGCCAGUGGCGGCUCCUUCUGGCACUUUGAGCCUCGCUACCCUCGUCCCCAGCAGCGCUGCCUCUGCGGCCUUUCUACCCCGUCUCGUGCACACUUGACUUGGUGCUGCCCCCAGACUGCUGACUUACGUCACGCUCUCAUGGCUCCGCGCCAUCGCUCUGCUGAGCGUCUGUUUGCGCUGCCCGGUGAAGAGGUCCCUCCCCCACCGCCUUGCUUUGACUCUCUGGAGCACGUUCAAGAGUUGGCCGAGGAGCUCUCCUUUGACGAAGAAACCUUGAUCGUAGCCACUGACGGCACGAACCAAGGUGGCACGCAUGGGGUCGGUGCUUGUGCCGUUGUGUUUCCCCAGCUGCAGAAAAGCUACGCGCUGGCUCUGCCGGGCGAGGACCAGUGUUCGUACAAGGCGGAACUGCAUGCUUUGUGGGCUGCUUUGAGCUUUGCAAUCUGCGCUCGGCGGCCCGCACUGCGACACAUCCACCUGUUGUGUGACUGCGAGUCGGCCAUCAGGGCUGUCACGAGUGAUGGCUUCGAUCAUGCUUUUCAGGGCUUAGUCUGCAGCAUUCGUGCUUUGCGUGUGCAGCUUUUGAGCCAUGGUGUGGCGACCUCCUUCCACUGGGUGCCGAGCCACCGCAAGCGCCCUGCCCGGUGGAGCCCUUGGACUGGUGAGGACCCCACUGUUCAGCAAACCUGGAAUGAGAUGGCGGAUAACUGCGCCGCCAGUGCAGGCGCCCGCCUGCGUAGGAUUGCUUUGCGUGCCUUUUGGCUGUCACGUCGUGCUGAGACCAAGGCCUGGGAGACUGCUGCCAUCCGUGCUGCUGCCUCGGCAGCGGAGCGGUUGGCCAUGUGA